AUGGAAAAGCGUGUAUCAUAUUUUUAUGACCCCGAUGUUGGCAGUUUUUACUACGGGCCUGGUCACCCGAUGAAACCUCAGAGAAUUAGAAUGGCCCACGCAUUGGUGCUCAGCUAUGACCUGUACAGACACAUGGAAAUUUUUAGACCUCACAAGGCUGUAGAGCCAGAGCUUCUUUCAUUCCAUGACUCCGAAUACGUCCAUUUUCUCUCGGGUGUGAGUCCCGAAAAUUACCGCGACUUCACCUACCAGUUGAAGAGAUUUAAUGUGGGAGAGGCGACAGACUGCCCAGUUUUCGACGGUUUAUACGUAUUCCAGCAGUCGUGUUCUGGAGCUUCUAUCGACGCGGCACACCGGCUGAACAAUCAACAAGCUGAUAUUUGCGUUAACUGGUCUGGGGGUCUGCACCACGCUAAGAGAUCUGAAGCAUCUGGUUUCUGCUAUCUAAACGAUAUUGUUCUGGGCAUCCUGGAGCUUCUUAAAUACCACGCAAGGGUGAUGUACAUUGAUAUAGAUGUACAUCAUGGUGAUGGUGUCGAAGAAGCCUUUUAUGUUACUCAUCGUGUUAUGACAAUAAGUUUCCACAAAUUCGGAAACUUUUUCCCUGGCACCGGCGAUGUGACUGAUGUUGGCGUAUCCUCGGGUAAAUAUUACUCUGUAAACGUGCCUCUAAACGACGGAAUUGACGACGAAUCUUUCGUAGACCUUUUCAAAGUUGUGGUUGGAAAGUGUGUAGAAGUUUACUGUCCGGGCGCUAUAGUGUUACAGUGCGGUGCAGACUCUCUUACUGGAGAUCGCCUGGGGCGCUUUAAUCUAACCAUCAAAGGCCACGCGGCCUGUGUACAAUAUGUUAGAUCACUUAAUAUUCCUCUUUUGGUCUUGGGAGGUGGUGGUUAUACAAUAAGAAACGUUGCUCGAUGCUGGGCAUAUGAAACUGGUGUUAUUCUCAACAAACAUACAGAUAUGUCAAACCAAAUAUCUCUCAAUGAUUACUAUGACUACUACGCUCCAGACUUCCAGCUCCACCUGACUCCGUCACAGAUGACCAACUAUAACACGAAGGAACACCUCGACAAGAUUAAAGUGAAGAUUCUGGACAACCUGAGGUAUGUAGAAAAAUCUCCCGGUGUUCAGUUUGCACACGUACCUGCAGACUUCCUUACUCGGGACGAUGAUGUAGAUGAGGAUCUUCAAAAACAAAUAUUCGACGAAGGAGGUGGUAUCACUACUUUGUCAACAAGAAAGCGUGUAUCUUUAAUGACAACCCAUAGACUUAGAAGGAGGGACAAUAAGGGUGAAUUCUAUGACUUGCCAGAUAGAGACGAGUCCAUUCCAUUGUAA